AACCCUGCUCUGGCCCCGCCUCCCUGUCUGUACACGUCAUCACUACGCGCCUGCCUCUGCCCGGCGCUGUCAUAACGCGUCACCCAUGUAAACAGGACAUGGCGGCUUCCCUGUCAGCUGAAGGGAGGACGAGCACUGAGGAGGACGGAGCGUGUCCUGGGGACAGCAGUGACUCCCCCGGCGAUGAGCACCGGGUCCUGCAGCCAUGCCCGGGACUUCUGUCUCUCCCCGGGGAGGUCCUGGAGCUUAUCCUGUGCUCCGGGGACCCGGACUAUAAGGACAUCGUCAGUGUCUCCUGUACCUGCCGGCGGCUGCGGGAUGUGUGUGCGGCCCGGGGCAAAGUAUGGCGGAGGCAGCUGUUUGCCCGCUGGCCAUCUAUUGUGAAAUAUUACAACCAUCUGGACCUUCUGGACUGGAGGGAAGAGUUCAAGACCAGAUACAAGGCUGGCAUUGAGGCCCAAAGGAUAGUGGCCAUGUUCGCCAAGACGCUAAUCAUCGAACAUCAUAUACCUUGUGAAGGCUUUAAUGAUUUGGACACCUCCGGCUACCCGGUACAUUUCAUUGAAGAUGAGCUGUUGUUGAUCUUAAAAUCUGAGAACGGGAAUUGUUUGACACAAAAGUAUUGUGCAAAAAAAAUCCUUUAUUUCAUGCGUCAAGAGGCUACUAUAUGCAAGUUAAAGGAUUUUCUCCAGAGACCUGUGGAUCUCCAAGACAUCUUGGAAGGUGCAGUUCUCAUUGACCAGUAUUGUAAUCCUCUAGAGGACGUCAGCCUUGAAAAUAUUCAGGCACAGAUUGAAGAUAUCAUAAGGAGGGUGAAAGUUUACCUAAAUACAAAAAACAGCAGACAUCCAAGUUUGUCCCUGCAGGCAGGUGAUAUAUCCUACAUUGAAGAUCUUGAUCUACAAGGACAAGCUUUGGAUGCUCUAAAUCAUGUGCUCUUUUCUGAGAUGAAGUUUAAAGGAAAUGUGGCAGAUUUUUAUAAUCCCCUAAAUUCAUACAUCCAUCAGGUUCUGAUCAAUAAGACCGGCAUUCCUAUCAGCCUUUCUGUAUUGUAUCUUACUCUGGCUAAACGUCUGGGAGUUUUCUUGGAACCAGUCAAUUUUCCUCAUCACUUCAUGCUCCGGUGGUGCCAAGGUGACCAUGGAGGUCUGAACAUCACAGAUUAUGUAUAUGUGGAUGCAUUUGGAUAUGGGAAAUGUCUUACUACAAAGGAAUGUGAAUACAUGAUUGGGCAACAUGUUACUGAAGAAUUCUAUGCAGCAGUCAGCACCAAGGAAGUCCUGCAGCGAAUGGUGGGGAACAUUCUUAACCUGGGCAAAAGGGAAAGGAAAGACCGGAGCUUUAUGCUGCUGAGAGUGUCCCUGGAUCUGUACCUGGCUAUGUAUCCAGACAGUGUGCAGCACCUAUUGCUACAAGCUAGAUUAUAUUUCCACUUAGGAAUAUGGCCUGAAAAGGUAUUGGAUAUUCUGCAGAAUAUUCAAGCUUUGGACCCUUCUCAGCAUGGUGCUGUGGCAUAUCUAGUCCAGCACACCUUGGAGCAUAUAGAAAGACGCAAGGAGGACAGUGGGCCAAAUGUGAAGCUCAGAUCCAGUGAGAAGGAAGUGUGUUAUUCUGUAGGUCUUCUUGUGAGGCACAAAAGGUAUGAGUAUAAGGGUGUGAUCUUUGGCUGGGAUCCCGUCUGCAUGAUGCCACCAGACUGGAUAGAAAACCUUAGUGUGCACCAACUCUGUCAAGGCGCAAACCAGCCUUUUUACAGCAUCUUGCUUGAAGACGGAUCUUGCAGUUAUGUUGCACAGGAAAAUCUUGAACCCCAUCCACAACCAGAACCGCUUCAGCACCCUGAUAUUACCCUUUACUUCUCUGAGUUUUCAGGAGAUCACUAUGUAGCAAAUAAAGCACUACAGCUUCAAUACCCAGAAGACACUGACUUUACUAUUCAGCAGAGUUUACUUGGAGAAUCAGAUGCUCCACAUUUAGAGCCAUGAGUUGGGGCUUGGAACCAUUUUUUUAUUUAACUACUAAUAAUUUAACUUCCUGUAUGCACAUGUAAGAUACCUGAAUGAUCAAGCACUGUUGGAGUGUGUUACAACAAUUCAUUUUCAAUAUACAUAUCUAGGUUUGAGCUUCUAAAAAAGUUGCUCCCAACAUCAAAUAUGAAAUAGAACUUUCAGGUUUUUGUAUAGAAAAUGUUCAUACAUAUAUACCAUAGCAUGCAAAAGAGCUAGUGUAUGUUAUACAUCAUAAAGUCUAUGUUUACUAUAUACAUUUAUUAACUAGAACAUAAGGUUCAUAUUGCAUAUUAUUAAGACAAACCACUAAAUAUUUCUGUGUUCAUUAAUUACCUCUAUACUUCUCCCAGGAAAUCUGCACAAACGGCUAAUGCAUUUUAUUGCACUACACAUCAUGUUUGUGAUGUAUGAUAGAGAACGUCAUGUCACUACAGGGAAGAUCUUCUAUAACUCCAUUCAGCUAAUAGGAGGUUCAUGAACCAUUAUAUGUGGUUGUUUCUAUUUCCUCUUUGUUUACUGUGCAGCUUAUAUCUUUGUAACAUUUAUUUGAUACAGUGGUGGUUAACCACAAGGCUUAUCCAGGUAAAGGGCAGAUGGCAAUGAUAGGUAGGAAGGUUCUUUUCUUAUCUUUACUGCCUUUUACCUUAAAAGUUGACCUUGUAGGUGAAUGGGGACAAAAAAAAAACAAUCCCAAUCCUAAAAUGGACAGAGGUGUCAGCAGAGAGCACUGUGGGCAGACAGAAAGGAAAUUUAAAAAGAAAAGAACUUCCUGUGAACAGCAGCUGAUAAGUACUUGAAGGAUUAAGAUUUUUUAAUAGAAGUAAUUUACAAAUCUGUUUAACUUUCUGACCAGU